AUGUCUAUCCCUACUAUACCUAAGAUCGCAUUACCCAAAGCACCAGAUCCAAAUGUAGACCCAGCUGGAUAUUUGAGGAGUAUUGGUGCUGUGCGGGAAAGAUGUGGUAUCGUCUUGGAGAAGGCAAAGAAGAAUGAUUUGAAUCACUUCGAAGUUGAUAUGGGGAGGUUCAAAGACACGACAAAGUUUGUCGUCUCGAUAAUCAAGCGCGAUUUCGCACCCGAUUACAACACCAUUCCCCCACAUGGUCGCUGGCAACAUUUCAACGUGGGAGGCAUUGACAGAAUCGCAGAGCUCCUAGCAAGCUGGCCAAGUCAAGUUGAUCCUUCCGAACAGUGUCGCCGAAUCCUAGAUCUCUUCCUCGUAUCUGUCUUGCUCGAUGCUGGUGCUGGUACCUCAUGGAAAUAUAAGAGUGUGGAGAACGGUCGCACAUAUAGAAGAAGUGAAGGCUUGGCAAUUGCUAGUUUGGAGAUGUUCAAGGCUGGUACUUUCAGUAGUGAUCCAGCACAACCACACCAGGUUGACGCGGAUGGAUUGUGCAGAUUGACAGUGGAGAUUAUGAGUUCAGGUCUGCAGGUCACCGAACAAAAUCCGAUUGCUGGUUUGGCAGGAAGAACUGGCUUACUGGUUAAAUUGGCCAAAGCCUUGCGAAAUCCUUCGUUGUUUGGUGCAGAUGCCAGACCUGGAAAUAUGCUAGAUUACCUUAUCUCUCAUCCUUCCACACAAGCCGCAUCCGUACCAAUCGUUCCUUUACCUACUUUGUGGAGUGUCUUGAUAGAUGGUCUUGCACCAAUCUGGCCAGCCUCGCGCACAGAAGUUGACGGCACAUCUAUUGGUGACGCAUGGCAUCUAAGCACUAUGCCUGCAGAUGCUACAACCCCUCUAUGGGAGACAAUCGUUCCCUUCCACAAGCUCUCCCAAUGGCUUUGCUACUCUCUUAUGCAACCAAUGACUAAACUCAUGAAUAUCUAUUUCGCCGGAGCUGAAUUACUAACUGGUUUACCUGAAUACCGAAAUGGUGGUCUGUUCAUCGAUACUGGUGUAUUGACACUAAGGAGAGACGAAACAAAAAGGGGACUAGAAGCAUUCCAUCGAAAUGCAGAGAGAGAAGGCAAACCAAGCUUGGAAGUCGUCCCAAUGUUCACACCAGAUGAUGAUGUAAUCGUUGAGUGGAGAGCUGUGACUGUUGGGUUUCUAGACUUGUUAGUAGACGAAGUCAAUGCCAGUCUAGGACUUUUUGGUCAAGAUAAACUGUCACUACCACAAAUGUUGGAGGCUGGAAGUUGGAAGGGAGGUAGAGAAAUGGCCGAAAUCUCGCGACCAAAUACUCAAUGCCCACCCAUUGCCAUCCUCAGUGACGGAACAGUCUUCUAA